AUGUCUCCAGAUAUUUCUGAUGUCUCGAGCGUCUCCGAUUUGAGCUCCUUAGCAUCAUCCCGACUGUCAACGCCCGAGCCAGAGUCGCGGUACCCGACCCCGUCCUCCUCGCAAGAUGCGGAGGAUUUGCCCUCGACGCGCCAAGACUGCCCGCCCGCGAAGAAGAAACGCCGGCGCAACCCUCUCCCCAAGGAGCGCACCACCCAACACCUUUCUUUCUCCAAGUCCUCAGAUGAUCAACCAGAUCAGGUCCGAUUGCUCUUUGACACUCUUCGCUACCAAAAAGACAUCGUCGUCAUUGCUGGCGCCGGUAUCUCCACCUCUGCGGGUAUUCCGGACUUUCGCUCCGAAGGUGGUCUCUUCAAGUCUCUACAGCAAAAGCACAAUUUGAAAGCUUCCGGCAAGCUUCUCUUUGAUGCUGCCGUCUACCAAGAUGACGCUUUGACCGCCCCCUUCCAUGAAUUGGUUCGGUCGCUGUCAGAGGAAAUCAAACAUUGCAAGCCCACCAAAUUCCACGAAAUGCUGGCAAGUCUUGGUUCAGGAAAUCGGCUUAAGCGUCUGUAUACUCAAAAUAUCGAUGGCCUCGAGACCUCGAUGCAGCCCUUGAAAUCCGAAAUCCCCCUUGGUGGCACCAAGGGUCGAUGGCCCGUCACCAUCCAACUACACGGCAGCAUCGAGAAGAUGGUCUGUCAAAAGUGCCGCCAUCUGCAAGAUUUGGAGCCAAGCCAGUUCUGUGAGGCCGAUCCGCCCGAUUGUGAAGCCUGCUGUGACAACGAUACAGUCCGUCAGGCCACCGGUCAACGAAGCCACGGUAUCGGGCGCAUGCGACCGCGCAUGGUUCUGUAUAACGAACAUAACCCCGACGAAGAGGCCAUCACCUCCGUCAUGAAUGCAGACGUCAAAUCUCGCCCCCGUGUCUUGAUCGUCGCCGGUACUAGUCUGAAAAUUCCUGGCGUCCGUCGCCUAGUCAAGAGUCUGUGUACUGUCAUCCGGAGCCGUAAAGACGGCGUCACCAUGUUUAUCAACAAUGAACCACCUCCCGGCAAGGAAUUCGAUGAUUGCUUUGACCUGAUCGUCCGAGGAAACACAGACCAGAUCGCAGAUCUCACUCACCUUCCACCCCACACAGAGGUUCAAGACGAGAACUGGGAAUUCCCAGAGCCGGUCUGGCAAGCCACAUCCGAAGAGGAAUCAUCAGCAUCCGAUUCUGAGCGAGAGACUAAGGCAGCCAGUUUCUCUGUUGUCAUCGGUACUCCGAAGAAGCGCCCUCGCAGCGAUACCGGCUUAAUGACCCCUUCCUCCAGCCAGGACGAACAACCAAACCUACCCGCCGCCAAGGCUGUCAAGAUAGCCAAGGGAUCAACGGUCAACCCGGCGAGUCGUGGCCUCAGCCUCAACGAGGUUCUCAAGGCAGGCAAUGCAAAGCCUGCUCCAGCCAAAGGUCGCAAAAAGCCCGCCGCUUCAACAGCACCCAAGAAACGUGGUCCCAAGGCCGCCCCGGCCAAGAAUGCUCCCAUUACGAACUUCAGCAAGGUUUCCAAGGCUGCUCCAGCUGCUCCAGCUGGCAAAAAGAAUCCCCUCGGCACCGCACGCGGCAAUGGUCUCCCCAAACAAGGUGCCAUGUUUCCAGGCCUCGUCAAGAAAGCGGGUGUGCAGGAUGUCGCUGCCAUUCCCGAGGUUGUCUCAUAA